AUGAAUAAAAGUCAAUAUAGUGAUGAAGAAAAUAUAGAUGACCCAUCAUCAACUACAGAAAGUAAUAAUAUUAAGUUAAAAGAUAGUUUUAGAAAUAGAUUUAAACUAUUAGAGAAUGAAAUCAAAGACAGUCAUUUAGCAUUAGAUGAAAACUAUUUUCAAUGCAUAGACGAAACUAUUGGCAUAUCAAGGUUAUUAAGAGAUAGUAAAUCAAUUUUUAUAGCAAAAUCAAAUGAACCUAUUGACAAAGAGAAAUUAAAACAACAAAGACAAAUAUUUAAUAGUAGAGAAUAUGAAACUGGUGAUGAAAUUAAUAAAGUUAAUAAUAAAUUAGUAUUUUUUAUAUCAGAUUGUUUAUGGAAUUACUCAAAGCAUAUAAAAUCAUUAAUAAAAACAUACUCUAUCAAUAAUUUAAUAAUAUAUUGCUCAAUGUCAGAGCUAGCACACAUGUCCCAUCCAAAAUCGUCAAUUACUUCAGUUUCUUCAAUACCAACCUCAAUUCAACAAAAUAUAUUGUCACCAUUAAAUAAACAACAACAUCAACAACAGCUACAACAACAAAAUUUACAAUCUCCAUCACAACAAUCACAACCAUUACAAUCACAACAAAAACAAGCACAGCUUUAUGAUAAAUAUAGGGAGGAAUAUAAAAAAAUAAUGUUGGCAGUAUUUAAUAAUAAAAAAAAACAAUCUAAAGAUAGUGAUCAAGAAAAAGAAGAUAGUGCAGAGGAGGAUGAUAUUGCAUUACCGGAUAUUUCUUGCCAAAUUAUUUACUUUCCAACAUGUUAUAGUUUAAUGUUCCCAAAUUUUUUUACAAUACCGAUUCAAAAGUCAUUUUUCCCAAGCUAUUAUUUUAUAAAUGAUUUAAAGUUAAGCGAAUAUAAAUUAAGUAAAAUGCCAGAGAACAUUCAAGAUGAUGUACAUAAAACUAUACAUUCAUUUUUAUCAUUUUUAAAUGAUUUAAAAUUGGGUUCUGUUAAUGGCGAAGACUUAAAUAUUUUCCCAAUUGGUCCAUUUUCGAAUUAUUUAGCCAACGAAAUUCAAUCAACAUUAUCAGCGGUAUCAAGUGUACAAUUAGAAGAUUACCAUCCAAUUUCAUUAAUUUUAAUUGAUAGAACAUUGGACUUGGUAUCACCAUCACUUCAUUUAGAAAAUUCAAUGGAUAGAGUCUAUUAUUCAACUACAACCAAAUAUAAUAAUGAUGGUGUCAAGUCACAACAACCAAUAAUAGAUAAUAUUUCGAUAAUAUACGAUUCACUAAAUAUGAACGAUUCAAAAUUACUUAAAAUGAACCAAUGCCCAGAGAUUAUAUCAACUAUCAACAAUAGUAGUGGUUUCUUGGAUGGUGCCAAUGGCGUCAAAAAGAGAGGUGAUAGAAUAUGGGAUAGUUUAAUUACAAAAUCAUUAAAAGAAUCAAUUAUGCAAUUGAAGAGAAAAUUGGUCGAAAUAAUCUCCAAAGAAAACAUUAGUGUUGAUAUUUCCAAAAUCGCAGGACCGGUUAAUAUUCAAUCGUUAAUGUCGUUGGUACAGGUACUAAAGGAUCACGAGUUUACUUAUCGUUAUCAAGAAAUUAUUAGUGCAGUAUGUUCAAUUGACCAAACUUUAAAAUUAUCAAACAGUAAUUUCCAUUGGGAUAAUUUAUUAUCAAUCGAAAAGAUUUUAUUAUUAAGUGCAGGUUACGAAAUGGAAGAUGAUAACGAUUCUGAUGGCUCAGACGAGGAGGAUCAAGAGGAGCCAUCAAUUUUAUCGCAAAUUUGUGAUAUCAUUGAAACACCCAUUAGCAGCGGCGAAGAUCCAAAUAAAUUUUAUUCAAUUCAAGAGAUACUUUUAUUAUGUACAUUAGCAUAUUCAAUUAAAGGUUUGACAUCAAAAAUAUCACAAAAAUAUCUCGAUCAACUAUUUAAUAAUAGCUCUCGUCCUCAAAAUGAUCCAAAUUAUUUCAAUUUAGUAAGCACAUUAGAAAAGGUACCAGUCUUUUCAGAAUCAGAUGAGGACCGUUUAGUUAAAACUUUAAAAAAGAAAAUAUUGAAUGGAAUCAAAAGGAAAGAUGAUGAAAUUUUACAGUUUUUAAAUAAUACCAUCGGGACUCACAACUUGGAUGAUGAUGAAGAAGAAAUUGAAAAUUUCUUAAAAAAUACAAUAUUAUUCAAGUUAAAAAGGAUUUCAAUUAUUAGACAGAAGUACCUACAAGAUCACAGAUCAUUAAUUAAGGGUGGUUCAAUUGGUGCAACCUACAAUAGCUUAUUGAGCCAGUUGGCUAAAUCACUAUUUGACAGCAAGGGUAGCAAAGAUUUCGAAAAGUUUAGCUCUUCGUCAUUAGUGGGAUAUUUAUUGGGUAAAACAAGUUGGAUGUCAAGGUCACAAAAGAAAAAAGAUAAGCCAUUCGAUAGUAGAAAAGUAAUUAUCUAUAUAUUGGGUGGUAUAACAUUCACAGAAAUCAAAGAAUUAUCUGAUCAUUUCGAAAAAUCGAUUAAACAAUUUAAAGACUAUUCAAAUCAUCAAAUUUUAAUUGGUUCAAAUCAAAUCAUCACUCCUUUAAAAGUUUAUAAAAAAUUAUUUGAAUAGUUUCAGUUCACACAUUCCUUUUUUAAUUUUUUUACUUUUUUUUUAAACCAAAAAAAACAAUCAUUCAAAUAAAUAAUUUUUAUUUUUUUUAUUUUUUU